AUGCGGCGCCAGUCGGCUGGGCAGCGCUCCGCCGCUGGUCACAUCUGGGACUCAAUUGUCGCGCUUGGGCCAGAGCCUGAUGAGCAUCGCUACGACAUCUCAGACCCCAACGGGGCCCUUCGGGAGCUCCUUGCCGGGUCCACGUUGCGCCCUGACAACAGCGGGCCCACCACUCCCUACGUGCCAGACCUCGUCUCCUGGCCUGAUGUCUCGCAGCCGCCGGCGCCGCUCCUUGGGCUGCUGGGCGAGCGGGGCCCCGCCGCGCUGCGGAAGUGGAGGCGCCAUGUGCUUCGAGAUUCUGACGAGGCGCGUCAGCUACGCGGGGGGGCCUGUCCGCAGGGCCCGUGCACGGACCUCGCGCUGCUCCGCUCGCCAGUUGACUGCGCCUCAUUCCGCGGCGCGAUGGUUGAGCGCCGCAUGCUGGUUUUCUCUCCCGCGCAUGGGCGCCGGGGCAACAUGGGAAUUUUCUCUGUACCAAAGAAGAGCGGGCGCCUGCGUGUGAUCUUCGAUGCCCGCCUGGCCAACUGCGCCUUCGCCGACGCCCCGAGGGCCCGGCUGCCUUCAGCAUCAGCCUGGGGACGCCUCGAGACGGGUGGCGCGCGCAUCUCCGCCACCUCGGCCGACCUUGACGCGGCGUUCUACCACGUGCAGGUGCCGGAGGGGAUGGGGGAGUACUUCGCGCUUCCGUCCAUCGCUGCAAAGUACCUGGCGCCCCUGGGCAUCACGGUCGCAGGCAUGACUGGCGAGGACCUCGUGCUACCCCAGGUGGUGGUGCUCCCCAUGGGCUUCAGCUGGGUCUUGCACCUGUGCCAGACGGUGCCCCAGACGUCGCUGUGCCGCGCUGGCUUCUCGCCGGAAGCCCUGGCCCUGGACGGCCACUGCGGCCGUCAGUUUUCUGAUGAUCCAGCUUCGGUCGUGGGGGCCGGCUACGUGGACAACUACUUCGUCCUCGGCGGCUCCGCGAAGCAGGUGGGCCAGCGGCUGCAGGCGGUGACUGACGACCUGGUCCGGCACGGGCACGCGGUGCACGAGCUUCAGGCGCACUCCCAGGACCGCGACUUCCUGGGGCUGUCGCUGCGCGAGGGGCGCUGGCUCAGCCCGCGGACUCGCAACAUCUGGAGGCUCCGCGCGGCGAUCCGCGCCGCCACCCGGAGGCAGGCCAUCAGCGGUUUCCUCCUGCGGGUGCUCGCGGGGCACAUCACCUGGGCGCUGCUGCUGCGACGUGAGCUGCUGUGCAUCCUCAACGCUACCUAUGCGUAA